UGGAAAUAUUAUUUUGAAUUUUUGUUUUUGCACGAAUUUCGUACAAGUAGUUGGCAUGUUGGGCAGACUGGCCAGCUGCCAAUUACUUUGCUGAAUAAUAAUUGCUAAACAGAACCAAAAGAGAGCAAGACCUCGUCUGAUCAUCCCAGACUUGAUUUUGUUUCCACCUUCUGGUGGCCCCGUGCUGCCAGAAUGGUGUUCGAAUCCCUCGUUGCCGAAUUGCUGAACAAGCAUUUGGGAAGCUUUGUCCAGAGUCUCGAUGCUUCUCAGCUGAAUUUGGGAAUCUUAGGAGGCACGGUCGAGUUGGACAACUUGGCUGUUCGCGAAGAAGCGCUUUUGGAACUUGGCUUACCUGUGCUGGUCAAAUCUGGACAUUUGAGGAAGCUUCGCCUGAAGAUACCAUGGAGCAAUUUGUACAGCGAUCCCGUGGAGGUGAAGAUCGACGGUGUCUACGUCCUUGCCCAGCCUACACAUGCCACUCCGUACGACGCAGAGAAGGACUUGGAGUCGAAGAGGGACAAGAAGCGCAAGGAGCUCCUGGCAAUUGAGGAAGCACAGAAAAAGGCGGCCGAGAAAGGUGAUGAGAAGAAGAAGAAAGAAGAGGAUGGCUUUGCUGUGAAGCUUGCCAUGCAGAUUAUUCGCAACGUGCAGGUCUCCAUCACUGACAUCCACAUUCGUUAUGAGGAUACGAUUACCGUCCCUGGCAAGCUUCUUGCAUAUGGUGUGACGCUGGAGCGACUGACAGUGCAGACGACCAAUGCUGAGUGGAAGCCCAUGUUUAUGAAGCAGGAGUCUUCCAAGUUCUGGAAGCUGGUGGAGCUGAGUUGCCUUUCAGUGUACUGUGAUGUCAACGCCCCGUCGCUGCUCAAACUGACACCGCAGGAAUGGCAGAAGCAGUUUGCUGCUCUGAUUCCGCGAGAAUUGGACGAUGUACACCCCAGACACGAAUACUUGGUCAAUCCAAUAUCCGCCACGGCAAAGCUUGCCAUUGACAAGAACGCACCACAAGAUCCCACGUCUCCACAGAUUGACGUGUCAAUGAGCAUAUCACAAGUGUCUCUGGGAGUCUCAAGGCAGCAGUUCCAAGGCACCCUGAUGGUUGUGGAGCACUUCGAUCAGAUGGUCACCAACCUGCCGUACAGAAAGUACAAGCCCAACGUGCCGCUGAAGAACAAUGCCCGUGCUUGGUGGACAUAUGCCCUGGAUUCCACGCUGAAGGAGGAUGUGCAGCCUCGCUUGCGCCAGUGGUCAUGGGAGAGAAUCCGCAAUCACCGAGCCCUUGUUCGGCGCUACGAACAGCAAUGGAAAGUACGCUUGUCUCAGAAAAACCCGACCAAGGAUCUAGAAACGUCCUUGCAGAACCUUUCAGAUCAGCUCGAUGUGUUCAACCUGACGCUGGCUAGACAGAAUGCUGCUGCGGAGUACAAGAGAGAGACGGGCAAGAAAGCAAAGAAGUCUGGUGGAGGAGGCUGGUUUGGUGGUUGGCUAGGUGGUGGCUCGAAGCAAAAGGAAGAGGCAAAGCCAGUGAAAGACGCUGGUUUUUCAGAGGAGGAGAGAGCAAAGCUCUACUCUGCUCUCAACUACGUGGAGGGUGAACGACCAGGCGACUUUCCACCAAGUUAUGUUGCACGGCGUUUCAAGUUCUCGCUAGGUGCGCUGUCCUUCGCGUUGCAUGGAGACAAUGGAGAAAAUGUAACACGACUGCUCACAUCACAGGUGGACGCAGCACUGGCACAGCGUCCUGGUGCAAAUGCUUUGAGUGUUCAAGCGUCCAUUGGCAGCUUCCUUGUGUCCAGUGAUAAGUCUCAGCUGAUCACAUCCCAGCUGAUGGCCCAAGAGGGGAAAAUUCUGGAGCUGGAGUUUGAUCAGAAUCCAGAGAACAGCAUAGCUGACAUGCGUCUCAAGCUACAGUCCAAGCCUCUUGAGAUCUUUGCUGACCUGGAGUCGGCUUUUGAGGUUGUCCGUUUCUUCGACCGUCCCGAGCCUCUGGCAUUGACAAGUGUGUCAGCCGCUGCCAAUCGCAAGCUGCAAGAGAUACGGCAGGGUUUGAAGGAAAUCAGCAAGAUUGAGAUCUACGAUGCACUUGAGAAGCGCAAGAUGAUAGAUCUGGAUGUCAAAGUGCAUGCACCGUACAUCGUUUUCCCCAAUCAGCGCGAUCUCCACGGUUCGAAGCCGUACGCGAGCAGAGUGGCAGUCGCAUCCGUCUCGACAUUGACGUGGCGGCUCCCGUGGUGGUGGUGCCGUUGUCCUCCGAAUCGGACCAUUCGCUGGUGCUGUGGCUGGGUCGACUCACCGUUCUCAACACGUUUGUGAGACACGGCGAUAUAACGAACUCUGAUGGCACAUCACCCGUUGUCAUUGAUGACAUGGCCAUCGCAUUAACCGAUGUCAAAGUUGCAAGACGUGUGGUGAAGAACGGUGUCGUGGAAUCCACCGACGGCAACCUGCACACGAUUCUCCAGGAGGUGACGAUGUCGGUGAAUGUUCGCCGUAGUUUGUCGCCGUGGUGUCAUGACAUAGCUGACGUGGCCGUGGCCGGAGAAUGCAAGCCUAUACAGGCGCAAGUCUGCAAAGGCGAUGUUGACUUUGUGUUUGGUUUGCUGGAUGGCAAUCUGAAGGAAGGCAUGCCGGAGUCUGGUAGUACACAGCCAGCAGCACCAGCCGGUGGUAGUGUUGUGCCUUCAAAGUCCAGAGCGAGCAGUCCUGAUAUACCAGAAACACCGCAGACGAAUGUACCACCCAGUAAAGUGAAGUUGGAGCUUUCGUUCAAGCUGGAGGAGGUUUCACUCACUGUUCUGGAGACCUUGGGAGAUGUUGAACGUCCCCGGCUGCGCGUGGCAGUGUCUGGUCUCUCUGCCGGUGUUACGAUGCGGCAGUAUGACCUGCAAGCCAAUGCGGCCAUGAACUACAUUUCCGUGGAGGAGUGCACGCAAACAGGUAUCGAUGGCGGACCGAUGUACAUUUUGGACAGUGACCGAUUUCAAGACUUGUUGGUCAUCAAUGUGACAGUUGCUCAGCCUGAAGGUCCAGAGUUCGCGUCCAAGUUCUCCAGCACCAAGACAAAGCUGGACAUUGUCGUGUGCUCUCUGCGUGCCAACGCACACUUGCAGACGCUGCUGGGCGUGCAGCAGUUUGUCAUGUCACUGCUGCCGGAAACGCUUCCUGAGUCCACAUCAGGCACUUCCAUUGCCGUCCCUGCUCCAAAGUCUGGAGAAGAUACUGGUUCCGAGAAGCCAGCAGUUGAAGCUCCAGCCCAGGCUGAUGUUACUGACCUCUCACUCACUGCUAACCUCGUCGCAUUCUCCGUGAUGGUAUCCAGCGGCUCUUCCCAACUUGCCCAGCUUUCUGUGGGAGGUGUGUCUGCACAAGUGGAAAUGUCCCCAGCCCAGCUAAUGGCUGAAGCCAGGCUGAAGUCGCUGGAAGUUGUCGACUUGUUUGAGAAGACGUCGUAUCGAAAGAUUGUGUCAGCUCCGGAGAACGAAGACUUGCUACAUGUCAAGUUUGUCCAGUACAAGUACCUGGAGACGGCAGACUACUCUCUCGACCCGGAGAAGCUCGACAUGGAGCUGUUUGCGCGCAUGGGACAAGUGGAGGUGGUCUUCUUGAACCGCUUUGUGCAGGGAAUGCUGGUAUUUGUGAAAGAGUUCCAGACAUCUCAGGAGACCAUCAAUGCUGCCAAAGCCAGAGCCAGUGAAGCUGCAGCUGCUGGGGCCGAAGCUCUGCAGCAGAAUGCUGCCAAGAAGGUCAAGCUGGACGUCACUCUGCGCUCUCCUGUAGUUACUGUGCCGUCGGAGUCCACAGGCACCAGCUCUAUUCAGGCCAAUUUUGGUGUGCUCCAGGUCUCGAACAGCCUGCAGCUGACCGAGCACCUCAACAACGAGGGCAUCAUGGAUCGUAUGGUUGUCUCUGUCACUGACCUCAGUGUGAGCCGUGGUACUCAGCUGUCUUCCGGCAAGGUUAUCCGCCGAGCUCUCCUCAAGCCAGUUGACAUCAAAGUGGACAUCAACAGGUGCCUGACACCGGGAGACUUUGGCUUGCCGGAGAAUGACAUUGUGGCCAAGCUGCCGGAUGUCCAGGUCCACAUUGGUCAGACUGACUUGGGAGCUGUGCUGAAGAUCGUCGAGGGCAAUCUACAGGAGAAACCAGCCAUCGAGCCCCAGACAGCAGCAGUGCCCGCAGUACCUCCAACAUCUCCUGCACCCUCCCGAGGAGCUACACCAAGCCCGGACAAAGCCAAGACAGAGCCGGCGCAACCAGAACCCACACAGCCGGCGAAUCCCGACAAGGUGGUCCUGAAAGCUUCAUUCAGCUUGCAGAAGGUGUUUGUAGGCCUGUAUCAGAAUGAACCCGACCUGGUAAAUGAGGACUGCACAGAUGUGGUGGCCACAGAUCACAGCGUUGACUAUCUCCUGGCCUCACUUGACAUACAAAAGCUAGACGCCAAGGUGAAAAUGCGUGCGGGCGGCUACCUGGAGGCGAAGGCCACACUAGGCGAUAUCAUUGUCGACGAUGGCCGCAAGCAGAGACAGGGCUCCAUUACUCGGAUGGUGAGCAAGCGCAGUAUUGACAUUGGCACUCUGGAGCAAGGCAGUAAUACUGAUGACAUAGAUUCCAUGCUAGCUGUGACUGUGGAGAAACACAGCACUGGUGAUCUACUUGUGAUCGCGUGCUUGAACGGCAUCCAAGUCAUUGCGUACCUUGACUUCAUAUUGGCGGUUGUGGACUUUGCCCAGUCGGCACUGAGCAAGUUGGAAGAUGAGGAGGAAGACGAGGAAGGUGAUGAUGAGGAGGAUGAUGGUGCUGAUGACCAUGAUGCUACUGGCGAGGCUGUUGUGUCACGACCGAGUAGCCGCGCGACCAGUCCUUCUGCUGAGAAGCCAGAGCAGACGGAGUUUGUUGACUCGCCAAUGAGGAUAUCUGUUCACGUCAACAGUGUGGAAGCUCUGCUUGUCGAGGAUGCUAACGACCUCAACUCCAGAGCCAUCAUACUGAGGACGUCUGCUGCUGUCCUGCUGAAUCGCAAUUUCGGCCAGACCAACAUCUCCGGCAACAUCAACACUAUCUCCGUGACCACCUCGCAUCUCAAGACACAGGAAGUGGCAAUCGAUAUCUUGGAGCCGUGCUCUCUAGACCUGAAUGUGAGUCAGUCGAGUGAGGGUAGCACGGUUGGCUCUGCCAACCUCACAGCGCUGACCAUCAACAUUGAUCCGUGCUUCGUGACACUGCUGAUGGGUGUGCUGAAGACACUGCAGGAGCGUCAGGCCAAGCUAGAUGAGGAGAAAGAAAAGGCACUUGCUGGUCGUCCUGCGGCCACGACACGUCACUCGAUCAAAAAGACCCUGCUGGUCCCACGGUCCUUGUGGACGACGAAGAGGGUCAACCGCAAGCGGUGGUACUUUCUACGAGGUCAAGCUCUGAGUGAAAUCGGUACCGAUGUGGAUCUUCAAUCAGCUGCUGCUGAGGAACAGGAUGGGACCAUGCAAAGGCGCACGGAACAGUUUGAUGUAACAAUUCGCACCUUGGAUAUUGUGCUGCUGUUUGAGCCAGACCGCCAGUAUGACCGCACUGACAGCGAUAGCUCCAGGGCCGCCGCCGGUGCAGGGCCAUUGGACGCGGAGAACAAGAUCAUGGUGCCACUGUUGGGUCUUCACACGACCGUCAGUGCCUCGGUGUGUAAUUGGUCCGGCCAGCUGAAGGGCACGAUUGAUAUUUCAGUUCAGGCAUCGUACUUCAAUCGCAAGCUUGCUCUCUGGGAGCCACUCAUUGAGCCCAUAGAAACGGUGUCAUACACAUACCGACCAUACAAGAUCACAGCUGAGCUCACCAUCAACAAACCUGACGAGGAUGAGGAGGACGAGGAUGACGAUGACGACGAUGACCAAGUGAAUGUGGACGGUCUUCUGAGAAAGAAGAAGCGAAAGAUCUACAAGAAGGGAAAGAAGCGUGCCCAGCAGAUCGUGCGUCGCAAUCGCAAGCCGGCUGCAGAUCAACUGCCACUGAUGGCACUGUCACUGCAGUCACGUGAUCUUCUGCAGAUGACCCUUACCAAGACCGGAAUACAGGUCUUGCAAGUAACAGCUGAGGUGUUUGGUGCCGCCGCAAGCGUAGCCAAACCCGAAGCCGGUGUGGACAGGGUGGACGGUGCUGGCGGCAAGCAACAGUCUAAAGCCAGUAGCCAAUACAAGAUUGUCAACAUGCUUGAAGUUGAUGUCAUGAUGGUACCUGGCUCUUCGUUCAAGGCUGAGAGCGAUGCAACAGCUACACGCAUCACCUCCGCCGGUGGCUCUGCCUCUCUGUCGUUGACGCGAGAGGAGUCGGACAGACGCCGCCACCAGAGCGUCAUGUCGACUUCCAGCGUCCAAACAUCCAAGGCCGACAUCAAUGAUGUAGUUGCCAUCACGGUGUGCGGUGCGCAGAAGGACAUGCCCAAGUUUGCUGCUAUUGACUUGCCCGUUCAUCGCUGUGGCCGCUUCUAUCACGUUCUACCGAGUGCUGCCCUGUAUGGCAUCAUAGUCCAGAUUGAUUUGGCCGGGGCGCAGAAGGUUGUGACACUCCGAUCACCCAUGCAGGUGCACAACCACACGGAGGUCAGCAUCAACAUCCAUUGUCGAGUGGCCAGUAACCAGCCACCCUGUCCUGUUGCCUUGCUGAGACCCGGAGAGGUUGUCAAUGUGCCUCUCAGCCUCUCAGCGGGGCAGAUGCAGUUUGCUCCGUCCAAAGACUCGCACAGUCCCUCUGAGCCACCGAGCUCAUGGAAGAUGGAGGCCACUCACCAUCGCGUGGAGUGCAAGGGUGCGGAGGGGUCGUUUGGCUUGAGAGUACGCAAGGAAGAGGAGCAGGUCCUGUUCCUGGGUAGAGGCCCAUCAACUAAAGUACCGCAUCACUGUCUCCAUCUCUACCCUGUCAUGGUCUUCCAGAACAUGCUGCCAUACCCGCUCAGCUACCAACUGCCGAGGGAAAGCAAGCUCCAUGUGUUGGCACCAGGUGCGCGCAAGGCAAUGUACACAGCAGAGAAGAGUGCGGUCACAGUGCCCAUUCAGGUGGAGAACUACUUCCGGGGCAAGCUGGUGGGCAAUGUUCAACUAGAGGAGCGACUAAAGCACUCUCAUGUUCCGCUAACCAUGAAAGCCGAAGGUCAACUAGACACCGAGCAACGUUCAGUGGAAUUUAGUGUUGAGUACAAUCUGGUGGAUACGCUGGAGAUGGCUGUGUACGUGGACCACUGGAUUGUCAACCAGUCUGAUCAAAUCAUGAAGAUACGGCCUUAUGACUCACAUCCACCAUUCUUUGCACCGGAUACAUCCAAUGACAGCAGGCCCAUCCUGUAUGGAUUCAAGAAGAAAGGGAAAUCAAAGGUGGAGGUGUACGUUGGCAGGUCCAAGGCCUCCGAUGGUUUCUCACUAGCCACGGCUGGCAGCGAGGGCAGACUACUGUGUGAGGAGGGUGACGCAGGACAUGAGCUGGGUGUGAAAGUGGUGAUGUCGUACUUCAACCUGAGUAACAUUGUCUACUUCACUCCGUACAAUCUCAUCUGCAACUACACGCAGAUGAACAUCUGUGCUGCUGACACACUCGGUUACACAGUGGAGUUGCCACCAGAUGCUGUCAAGCCGUUCUACCCUAGCACCAAGGCCAACAUUGUUCGCGUGAAACCAGGAGGAGCUGAAGGCUACCUGAAAGACGUCAACUUCUCCAAAUCGGGACUGACGCUCCUGAAAGUGGACAAUUCGAAUGUACUCAUUGUGUCUGUGGAUGUAAGCAACGCUGUGACUGUCAUCACCAUUGAGAACUACUUCAGCGGUGCUGCACCCGGUCGUAUCGAGAACUUCUGCAAGGACACCACAUUCACACUACAACAGAAAGAUGAUGAUGCUGUUACUCAGCUUGGCCCAGGCAGCGAGUGUCUCUUUGUUUGGAACAACCCUACUGGCAAGAGAGAGCUGGUUUGGAGCACGACCAACGAGAAGGGAACCUACUCUCUCACGGAAGACCUCAUGGAGAACAACCGGGGUGAGUUUGACUCACCGGGUGGUGAAGAGUUCAAUGGUAGACCUGGCAAGAUCUACUGGGUGUCACUGAUUGAUGGCCUGCAGCGUGUACUGCUCUUCACACCUAACAAAUAUGUCGCUGAUCAGGCCUAUGAGAGUGAUCUGGUGGAGCGUGUCAAUCAAGACUUCAGCAUUGAGUUACCUGGCGUGGGCCUAUCUCUUGUCAACAACUCCACGUCCACUGAGAUCCUCUACAUGGCUAUCACCAGUAGUGGAGCUAUCUGGCAAGUACUGCGCAGCAAGGACAAGAACGGACAGGAGAAGUGGAAGACGCUGACAAUGUCCGAGUGCCUUCGUGUAGAGAAGAUACACGAUGGUGUUGCGCCAGACAAAGAAAGGGAUGGUGACUUUGUGGUUGAGUGGUUGGGUAAGGAGCUGUACAUGACCAAGCCACACAAGGGCCUGCUCCGUCGCUCCUUCCACCAGGGCGUCUCGUUGCGCCUGACUCACUCUGACCACCAGACUAAGCUGCACGCCAGCAUCAACAAAGUACAGAUUGACAAUCAACUGCGUGAUGCUGGCUACCCAGGAGUGUUUUAUCCAAUGGCACCGCCCAAGACAGUGGCACUGCAGUCAGCCCCCAAGCCUUUCAUUGAGUUCAGCUUCAUGCAGAACAUCAGCGAGGACGGAACGGCCAAGCAAAUCAAGUAUAUGGUACUGCUGAUACAGGCCAUGCACGUCAAGGUCGACAUUGGCUUUGUCAUGGCCAUUCUCAACGUCUUCGCCAAGGACAUGGACCCGGAUCGACGUACUGCGCAAGUUAAGAACACGAUGGAGAUGCUGACUGGUGGUCUGUCGGAGACUGCAGCGGUGCAGGCUGUGCAAAAAGACACACGGACCUUCUACGACUAUGUCCAUCUGUCGCCACUGAAGAUGACCAUCAGUUUCUCUCUGCACGCCGCUGACAAAGUACUGGUAGAUUCCCGUGAUCCUCACGUAGAGCUGCUUGUCUCCUUGCUCCACUCCAUCGGCGUCACGCUAUCAGAGGCCACCGACAUCCAACUCAAGUUGGCCUUCUUUGAAGUUGACAGUGAGGUAAUGACACAAGGUCAGCUGACCAAGAUCAUUGUUAACCAUUACAAGACCCAGGGCAUCAAUCAGUUGUACGUCUUUGUUCUCGGACUGGACGUCCUCGGCAAUCCUUUCGGCCUGGUCAGAGGCUUCAAAGACGGUCUCGUCGACUUGUUCUAUGAACCGUACCAGGGAGCUGUACAGGGUCCAGAAGAGUUUGCGCAGGGACUUCUGCUCGGAGGACGGAGCUUUGUCGGUGCCUCGGUUGGUGGUAUAUUUGGUGCAGUGGGCAAGAUUGCUGGUGCUGUGGGUGGUGGAAUUGCACGUCUUACUCUCGAUCAGAAGUUCAUUGAGGAGCGUCGACGUCGACAGGGUGAGCUGAAGGAUGCCGCCAGCGGCCUCGUCCAGGGUGGAAAGAGCCUCGGUUGGGGUCUCUUUGAUGGCAUCACAGGCAUUGUACGCAAACCAGUGGAAGGUGCUCUGGCUGAGGGUGCUGAAGGUUUCUUCAAGGGAGUUGGCAAGGGACUAAUCGGUGUGGUUGCACGGCCGGUCGGUGGUGUCAUCGACUUUGCCGGCAGCACAUUCGAAGGCAUCAAGAAGCAAAUUGAACUUGCUGAUGACAAGUGGGUACGACUACGCGCACGGAGGUUCCUCUUACCGGACGGUGCGGUAACUCCCUUCUCAUCAUCACUUUCAUUUGGCAACAUGAUCCUAGCCGCCAUAGUGUGCUCUGACGAUGUGCCCUUGCCCAUCGGUGACUUCCAGUUCCAACAGCUUGUCAGCAAUACCAAAGACUCUCAGUACAUCUUGUUGGCAACCUCGCGUUACGUGAUCCUUGUGGAGCUGCCGUACUCCUUCAUGAAUGUGGAGGAGAGUGUGUCUCCAGAGUGGCACUGCCUGCUCACUGACGUCGAUGUGACAACCAAGCCGCCGCAGGCUGGACCGAAUUUCUUUGAGUUCACACACAAGGUAAAGGCCGUCACUAUCUUUUCCAAGUCAUCUGAAACAAGGAAGCUGAAGAUGCCAUCUAAAGAGGCUGCCCAGAUGACUCGGCAGCGACUGAUGGCUCUCAUCCAAAAGUAGAGAGCAUUGGCUGACCAGGUUUGACUUCCAGCAACGCUUGAACAGCUCUCGAAAGGUCUUCAUUCAAACCUUUAUGUUUUCUUUUUUUCUUUUCUUUUUUUACGCUUCUGUGAAUGCCUUUUGUUCAGUGGAGCUUCUUUGUCCUCCCGCUUCCCUUUACAGUAUUCCAUUUUUAUUCCAUGUGUUUUACUUUUCCGUAUCCAAUUUUCUACUCCCAUUGUGUAAGAUUGUUUUUAGACAUGAAUUUGCCUUUUUAUUAUUGUUUUACGAGUUGUUUGUUCGACAAGCUUUCACCGUGAUUAUUCUUGUAUCUGUUGCAAUGCACUGCUGUAAUUGGAGUACACGAAGUAGCUUGUACUUGUACACCUUCUCCCCCGAGUUUCUAGUUAUUUGGCAGCUUUUCGAUACUUUUGUCAAGCAUGUUACGCGUCUUUUCUCCCAUUCUCCAACAGCACUGAACCGAGAAAGCUGUUUUCCUCUGGUGAACGUAUACUAAAUAAAUGCAAGUGCGCACGUGCAGGCCUUUGCAUCCCUUUCACUCAUUAUAAACACACAGUGACACUGUUUCAUCCUAUCUUCUUUUGCCUAUGGGUUUUCUCGCCCUCGAAAGCAGUAUUAUUGUUUUAUUUCUUCAAACAAUAACGCCGUGCUCAUGUCGGCUGCUGUGUCUUUCUUUUAUAAUUGUAUUCUAUGUACCUAUACCUCAGUUGCAAAUCCUGACCUCGCCACAAUUGGCCGAACCGUU